AUGUCAAUUCUUCUAGUUUUGCUAUGUUGCUUUUGUUUAGAUUCUGGCUCUGCCACAGACACCAUUACAUCUUUUCAACCCAUCAGAGACUCUGACUACAUAAUCUCCAAUGGGGGUGCUUUCAAACUGGGAUUCUUCAGCCCUGUAAAUUCUACCAAACGCUACCUCGGAAUAUGGUAUAAUAAAAAGUCUGUUCUACCUGCCCAAUGGGUAGCUAACAGAGAGAAACCCCUCAAGGAUUCUUCUGGGGUUCUUACCAUAUCUGAGGACGGAAAUCUUGUAAUAUUAGAUGGACAAAAGGAGAUUCUUUGGUCAUCAAAUGUUACAAACUCUGUUGCCAAUUCAAGUGCCCAGCUUUUAGAUUCGGGGAACUUAAUCUUGCGAGAAAGCACUACAGGGACAAUCGUAUGGGAGAGUUUCCAACAUCCUUCUGAUACACUCUUGCAAAGGAUGAAAUUUAGUACUAAUGUAAGAACAGGUGAGAAAGUGCAAUUUUCAUCAUGGAGAAACCCUUCUGAUCCAUCCAUUGGAAGCUUCUCCUCUGGUAUUCAACCGCAAACUCCAAGUCUUGUUCAAAUAUUCAUUUGGAAAGAUGGUAGCCCAUUUUGGCGCAUUGGCCCGUGGAACUCCAGGAGCACUAUUGGAAUACCAGAAAUGAAUUCUAUAUAUCGUGACGGAUUUUGUCUCACAGAGGAUCAAGAUGGAACAUAUUAUUUCAGUUGUUCUUAUGUGAGCAAUUCUUUGUUUCAUUAUGUCAUGACUACAGAAGGAGAUAUACUGGCAAGAUAUUGGGAUUUUGAGAAGGACGAUUGGGGGAUCUUGUGGAAUGCUGUGAAGAGUAAGUGUGAUGUUUAUGGUAUGUGUGUGGCAUUUGGAAGCUGUAAUUCACAAAGUUCGCCAAUUUGCAGCUGUUUACCUGGGUCUGAACCAAAGAACACAAAAGAAUGGAGCAGAGGAAAUUGGACUAGUGGAUGUGUGAGGAGGACACCGUCGUCACAGUGUGCGGUGGUGAACAGUAGCAUUGAAGCCAUCAAAAUGGAUGGGUUUUUGAAACUGAAGACGAUGAAGGUGCCAGACUUUGCAGAUUCAUUACCUGUUCAUGAAAAUUUUGGAGAUUUAUCAUCUACUAAUAAUGAAGAUUAUUGCAGACAACAGUGUUUAGAGAAUUGUUCUUGUAUAGCUUAUGCAUAUGGUAGUGGCACUGGUUGUAUGUCAUGGACUAAAAGCUUAAUUGACAUACAGAUAUUUUCUAGCAGCAGAGUUGAUCUUUACAUUCGUGAUGCCUAUUCAGAACUUGAUAAAGUGGGAGAUGUGAAAAAAGUUGUCACAAUCAGCAUGAUCAUAGGAGCAAUUUUCAUUUCCAUCUGCACUUUUUUACUGUGGAGGUGGAUGGCAAAACAAAAAGAUCCACACAAAGAAAAAUUGCUAGAUUGGAGAAAACGGUUCAACAUUAUUGAAGGAAUUGGUCAAGGUCUACUCUACCAUCAUUGGGAUUCCAGAUUAAGGAUUAUUCAUAGGGAUUUAAAGGCGGGUAACAUCUUAUUUGAUAAAGAGCUAAAUCCAAAAAUAUUAGAUUUUGGAAUGGCCAUGAUUUUUAGAAGCUCUAUUUAUGCUUAUGGAUUCUCAGAUUCAUUGAUAUUUCCAGCAUGA